UUCACCGGCGCGAGCUGUCUAGCAACCAUCAAGAAAAAAGGGAGUGCAAAUAAACAGUGCAAACUCAAGUAGUGGGACGAGUGAAUGGUCAUCGGUGAGUGUUGCUUUGCUUUGUUCUUUCAAUUCCUCUUUCCCUUUUCCUUCCUUUUCCAUAAUUUCGUUCCACACGUUAGGAUCAUUAUUGGCUAGCCAAAUAUGUAGCUGUCAAAAAGUUUAAGUAUAAUUUGCUAGCUAGUCAGCAAGGUUGGCUAACAUUAACAUUAGCUGUUUGGAGCAGGUUGCUGAUUCCGGAUGGAUGCUGGUUAACGUACUGCUAGGGUGGUUGAUCAUUGGCAAUCAAUUAGCUAUCUAACUAUCAUUGGCUAGCUAUCUAAUGUGGUGAAGAAAAAUCUAAGUAAAAGAGUAAAGCCACAUGGAGGAAGAGGAAGGGUGGGGGCUUUCCCGGUUCACACAAAUGUCCGUUUACUUUACACAAUAAAUGUUUACAUUCCGGCCUGCUUGCCAAAAGCUCAAGGAAACAGCUUGUCCAUGUAUGGAUAGAUUCAAAGUGUAUUUUAUGCAUACAUUUUAGAAUAUAUAUUUUGUUAAUGCACAUUAUACCAUGGUAUUGUUGAAUACUUGUUUCUGAUUGGAUUGAAGGGCAUUCUAGAGCGUGCAUUAUUUCCCUUUAUAAACUGGGUGGUUUGAGCCCUGAAUUCUGAUUGGCUGAAGGCAAUGGUAUAUCAGACCAUAUACCAGGGGUAUGACAAAACAUGUAGUUUUACUGCUCUAAUUACAUUGGUAACCAGUUUAUAAUAGCAAUAAGGCUCCUCAGGGGUUUAUGAUAUAUGGCCAAUAUACCACGGCUAAGGGCUGUGUCUAGGCACCACGUGUUGCGUCGUGCAUAAGAACAGCCCUUAGCCAUGGUAUAUUGGCCAUAUACCACACCUCCUCGGGCAUUAUUGCUUAAAUAACGCACAGUAUAUUUGCACGGUAGAAUUCAAUGGCAAUAGUCCAUUCUUACAUGUUCUAAUUUAUGUUUGAGCUGCUUUUGAAAGCAAUAGUCGAAUUGAAAACAUUAUUGGCAUUGUUGAAUUCGAUUUUCAUAAUGGCAAGCUAGGACUGAUGCUUUGGUUAGCUAAACUAGCAGGUCUGUUUGUUUGGUUACCAUAGCAACUACUGUAGCUCUCUAGUAAGCUUGCUAGCUACCUCAGUGGAUGAUGAAUACAUUUCUAGCGGCAAAUGUGUUAAAUUAUAGCCAUGGUAUAAAAGGGAUAAUCAACCCGGGACUCUGCGUUCUCUAGAAAAUAAUGCAACUUCUUGGAAGGUCAGUUCCACUCUGCUAGCAUGUAGUGGAAUACACCUUCCACCUCAUUCAUUAUUUUCCAUAGCCCCUCGUUGAUUAUCCCUUACAUAUCCAAUGUUGAGGGAGAAAGAUUGUAAGCAAUGUAUUACAUGUUAUUUAUGUCUCCCGAGUGGCGCACUGGUUCGAAUCCAGGCUCUGUUGUAGCCGGCCGCGACCGGGAGACCCAUGGGGUGGCGCACAAUUGGCCCAGCGUCGUCCAGGGUAGGGGAGGGAAUGGCCGGCAGGGAUGUAGCUCAGUUGGUAGAUGGUUGUGGGUUCGAUUCCCACGGGGGGCAUAAGUAUAAACACCCCUUUAUUUUUUCCACAUUUUGUUGUGUUACAAGGUGAGAUUAAAAUGGAUUUUAAUUGUCAUUUUUUGUCAACUAUCUACACAAAAUACUGUAAUGUCAAAGUGGAAGAAAAAUUAUAACAUUUGUAAAAUAAAAAAUAAUAAAAUAAAAUAAUAAUCUUGAUUACAUAAGUAUUCAACCCCCUGAGUCAAUACAUGUUAGAAUCACCUUUUUCAGCGAUUACAGCUGUCUUUUUGGGUAAGUCUCUAGAGCUUUGUAUACCUGUAUUGUGCAAUAUUUGCACAUUAUUAUUUUAAAAAUUCUUCAAGCUCUUUCAAGUUGAUUGUUGAUCAUUGGUAGACAGCCAUUUUCAAGUCUUGCCAUAGAUUUUCAAGCCAAUUUGUCAAAACUGUAACUAGGCCAUUCGGGAACAUUCAAUGUCGUCUUGGUAAGCAACUCCAGUGUAUAUUUGGCUUUGUGUUUUAGGUUAUUGUCCUGCUGAAAGGUGAAUUUGUCUCCCAGUGUCAGUUGGAAAGCAGACUGAACCAGGUUUUUGUCUAGGAUUUUGCCUGUGCUUAGCUCUAUUCCAUUUAUUUUUAUCUUAAAAACCUCCCUAGUCCUUGCCGAUGACAAGCAUACCCAUAACAUUCAGCCACCACCAUGCUUGAAAAUAUGGGGAGUGCUACUCAGUGAUGUGUUUGUUGUGUUGGAUUUCCCCUAAACAUAACACUUUCUUUGCCACAUUUUAUGCAGUUUUUUAUUUUAGUGCCUUAUUGCAAACAGGAUGCAUGUUUUGGAAUAUAAUUUAUUCUGUACAAGCUUACUUCUUUUCACUCUGGCAUUUAGGUUAGUAUUGUGGAGUAACUACAGUGUUGUUGAUCGAUCCUCAGUUUUCUCCUAUCAAAGCAUUCAACUCUGUAACUGUUUAUUUUUUUAUUUUAUUUAACCUUUAUUUAACUAGGCAAGUCAGUUAAGAACAAAUUCUUAUUUACAAUGACGGCCUACACUGGCCAAACCCGGACGACGCUGGGCCAAUUAAAUUAAAGUCACCAUUGGCCUCAUGUAGGACUGGGAUAUAUGGCCUAGAAAUCACAUCUCGAUUUUGUUUCAAACUUAUGGGCGCUUCUCGUAAAAAAUAUAAUGUUUUCUCUAAAUAUGCAUUGUUGUACUAUUAAAGGUCAAAUACACUGCAUUUCAAACAGUCAGCAAUAAUCUAAUGAAUUCAGGGCUUGUGAAGUUCGGCUAUAAGUAGUACUAAAUAUAAGCCUUCCACACCCAUAAGACCCACUAAUAAUGUUAUUGUUUUAUAAAAAUAGUUUAACCUGUGUUUUUUUUGCAAUAAUCACUGAUCUGGCUUUCAAGUCUGUCUAUGAAAAUGCCCUUUUUUGUUACACAUGUAACUAGAACACAUUCACUAAUAAUGACUAACAUCUUGUAGCAGGCAUUAGGCUAUAGAAAAUGAACACAGGUCACAUCAAGCCUCUUGGAUCUAUUUGCCUCUUGGAUCUAUUUGCUAGCUAACAAGGUUAAACAGUUGAAUUGUUAUGAACACACCCUUUUGUCUGUCUCCAACUGUUUGAAAAGCAUGUUUGCAUGUCCACUUUGUUCAGAUGUUGAAAUCAAGUGGCCUACCUUAUUUCUCAGAAUGAGAACGAGUUGCCAAUUCCUUUUAUAAUUGUGUUUUAUGCUUAUUGCACAUUUAUUCAUCACAGACUAGACAGCUAGUAUAAUAACAGCCUUUGUCUAAAAUGCUACUAGCGGUACCCGGUACCCCAAUGUUCAUUGAUACUCUCGUUUUAGUAGUCUGCUCUGUGUGCAAUUUGAGUAGUUGAGACAACUUUUCUAACGAUAAACUUUUUAACUUCUCCUCUAUUACAGUAAAAUAAUGUCUCAAUGUGUUUUGGUGUCCAUAUGACCGAUUCUGCUGGACCAAACCUCAAAUGCAAAUAGUGAGUUGAAACCGCUUGUCAGAGAGGAAGCUGUGAUCUCUCAACUUUGUUGGCGUGAGAUGCAGGGGGAGGGGCUUGGUGUGUGUGUGUAAACCAUAGAGGAAGAGACAAAGCGAGAGGUUUCACUUUUGCUAAAAUCUGUCCAAAAAUAAGGCCAAUGUGUUUCUAUGGGCUUAUUUAGGAUCUAAGCUUCCCUGCCUUCCCGCCUUUGGGACAACGACUCCCAUUGUUAGGGCGGAGACGUGCAUCUCGUCAUUAUAUACAGAUCUGUUGUGUAAAUGGGAAGGUGCAUAAAGCACAUCUACCAAUAGGUGCCCUUCUUUGAGAGGCAUUGGAAAACCUCCAUGGUCUUUGUGGUUGAGUCUGUGUUUGAAAUUCACUCCUUGACUGAGGGACCUUACAGAUAAUUGUAUGUGUGGGGUACAGAGAUGAGGUAGUCAUUCAAAAAAUCAUGUUAAACACUAUUAUUGCACACAGUGAGUCCUUGCAACUUAUUAUGUGACUAGUUAAGCACAUUUUUACUUCUGAAUUUAUUUAGGCUUGCCAUUGCAACUUAUUUAGGCUUGCCAUUGUGGUCCUCUGUAGCUCAGCUGGUAGAGCACGGCGCUUGUAAUGCCAAGGUAGUGGGUUCGAUCCCCGGGACCACCCAUACACAAAAAUGUAUGCACGCAUGACUGUAAGUCGCUUUGGAUAAAAGCGUCUGCUAAAUGGCAUAUUAUUAUAUUAUUGCAAAGGGUUUGAAUACUUAUUGACAAGACAUUUCAGCUUUUAAUUUGUACAAAUGUAUAAAAACAUAAUUCAACUUUGACAUUAUGGGGCAUUGUGUGUAGGCCAGUGACACACAAUCUCAGUUGAAUCCAUUUUAAAUUCAGGCUGCCUGUAACACAACAAAAUCAGGAACAAACUAAGGGGUGGGAAUUCUUUCUGAAGGCACUGUAUCUUGCUAGCUACAUUGCAUAACACUGACAUUUAACCCCCUCAUUCAACAGAGUGAUACAAUUCUGCAAGGUGGUUGAUUGCUUUGUAGAUUUGCCUUGGAAAUGGACAGUGACAGUGCCAAUGGUAAGUGACUGUGAUCUCACAUUUCUCUCCCCCUUUCUCAAAAGUAUGGAACAAAACCCAUAGAGAAUCAGAUCUCAUCAUCCAAGGUAUUGGAUAUGUUAUUGUUUUUGCGAACUGAGCUGAGCAGGUGAGUCCAGAGGGACAGGUGCUACUCUAUCCUCCCCCAGGGGGUAUAAUGGUGACUGUGAGAGAGACUGAUGUGUGUCUGACAUCAUUAGUGCCCUACCUGUGAAACACAGGUCGUUAGUGACUUGGUGGUGUCAGACCUGACAGUCUCCUCGUAUAGCAUCACAUGGGAUUGGUCCCAGAGGAAAGCUAAUCAGGGCAGAUUGUGCCAAACUUUGAAAUGGAUAUCAUAAUUGAUAUUAGGCCCUGGCCAACAUAUAUUUACAGUGUUUAUCUACAAGGAUUUAGCACAGCAUUUAAAAGAGAAGUGAGCUUGCUGUUUUCCAUUUCUGAUUCAUGGUACCACUCUUGUCUUUGCGCAUGUGUGUUCAAUUCAUAUUCUAUAUUAUUUCUAUGUAGGGCCUAGAUACCGUAGAGAACUUUGAUGGCAGUGAAUGAAAAAGUCAUUAAAAGAUCAAAUGGUGAUUAGCCUAUUGUUCUCCUCUCUACCAGAGGGUCAUGUGUGUUACAUGAAUGCUCAAUCGUAAGUAGUAGAUACCAUAGAGCACAUUGACUACAGCAUAUAAAAAAACCUUUGUUAAAUAAGGAUGGUUUUAUUUGUUGUUAAUAUUCUCCUCCCCAGACGUGCAGGCAGAGCUGGACUCUGUGGAGGCAGAGCUGGAGGUGGUGGAGCUGCAGAUAGCUGAGCUGCUGGAGAAGCAGGCUAGCCUGACCUCCAGGAGGAAACGACUGCUCCGCAAGCUGGAGGAGGCAUGUGACUCCGCCCAGCCCUCUGGAUCCUCCUCAGGCUCUGGACCUGGACCUGUAAUGACCAAGCAGGAGCUGCUGCGCUAUGAGAAUGAUGGUACAGUAGAGGCUACAAUGUAUAGGAUGUGGCACAUAUGUACAAUAUACGCUGAGUGUACAAAACAUUAAGAACACGUUCCUAAUAUUGAGUUGCACGCCCUUUUGCCCUCAGAACAGCCUCAAAUCGUCAGGGCAUGGACUCUGCAAGCGUUCCACAGGGAUGCUGGCGAAUGUAGACUCCAAUGUUUCCCACAGUUGUCAAGUUUUCUGGUUGUCCUUUGGGUGGUGGACCAUUCUUGAUACACACGGGAAACUGUUGUGUGAAAAACCCAGCAGCGUUGCAGUUCUUGACACACUCAAACCGGUGCGCCUGGCACCUACUAACAUACUCCGUUCAAAGGCACUUAAAUCGUUUAUCUUGCCCAUUCACCCUCUGAAUGGCACACAUACACAAUCCAUGUCUCAAUUGUCUCAAGGCUUAAAAAUCCUUCUUUAACCUUGUCUCCUCCCCUUCAUCUACACUGAUCUACACUGAUUGAAGUGGAUUUAACAAGUGACAUCAAUAAUGGAUGAUAGCGUUCACCUGUAUUCACCUGGUCAGUCUAUGUUAGGGAUGCAAAUUUCAGUCAAUUUUGUUGUCGACUAACUGGCCCUCAUUAAUUGGUCAACAAACGGUAAAUAAAUAUCAAAACUGUCAAAUAAACGUGACCAACAGAAAAUACUAUCAGAGAUCUGUAUAUAAUGACGAGAUGCUUAUGUUUCCGCUCUAACAAUGGGAGUCGUCCCAAGGCGGGAAGGCAGGCGACAAGUUUAGGCCCAAAAUAAGCCCAUAGAAACGCGUUGGACAGAUUUUGGCGAGAGUGAAACGUCUCGCUUCGUCGCCUCUUCCUCUCUGAUACUAUGCAUGCAUACAAGGACCGGAAAUGUUUCAUUAAGAGGUUAAUGGAAACAUGCAACAAUAGCAAGCCUAUCGUCUUACUGUCAAAAGUUGAUAACCUAUUAUUUAACAUGCAACUCCUGUAAUGAAGCAGCUAAUAAAACCUCAUUUUCAAAUAUUUGCCCAAAUGCAAUUCGCGGAAAAACACAGUUCUAAAGUGCGCACCUAAUUCCAUAUGUGACAGAGAUGAAAAUCUCAGUUAGAAACGUAGAAAGAGGGGGAAUCUAAUAGCAACUACUAUGAUGUGUUGCUAAUAUGACUAGGAUUGUGCCUUUGGCUUCUGGACAACAAAAGAAAGUUAAAUGAAAACCAAUAGAACAGGAGAGAAAUCCUGGUUAAAGGCAUGAUGAAGUCUUUAUAAAAUAAUUGCCUCCACGUUUCUAUGGAUGGAUUUUCGCAAGGCUACUUUGAAGUAUGGUAAGACAUGCCUCAUUAUUUGAAGUAAAGUAAAACGUUCAGGUUUCAAACAAUGAUCUGCCACAAGCUCACAUUGCAAAGUGGUGGGUGACGCGCUGAUAGUCAACGGUUGGCAGGCUAAAGCCUAUGUAUCCGAAUGGCGAAUGGGAGGCACGCUUUACGAGUUCAGAUUGAGAAAUAAAAAUAGCUAUUUUUUAAUCGUGGCCACCAAAAUUAACACGCGAUUGCAUUUAGAAUUGUUAUUUGUUGCGCAAUGACAAAAGCAGGUUUCACUCCAGUAGCCUACAGGCUUUUUGAGGAGCAACUCUGUCUGACAGGUGGUAGGCUACUCCGCUCCUCAAACUAGGCUCUGUAUGCUAUGCGCGUGUGAUAAAUAGAAUGCAUGACGACUAAGGAAAAUACACAUGCGCCAAAUUAAUUCCACAAAAUUAUGCAAGUUAACCUAUAGACCGAGAAGCAUUGUAUUUUCGGCUAACCGAUUAACACUUAAUCUUAACAUCCCUAGUCUAUGUCAUGGAAAGAGCAGGUGUUCCUAAUGUUUUGUACACUCAGUGUAUAUUGCUGUGUGUAUGUAUGCAUGUAUGUGUGUGUGCAUAUAUAUAUAUAUAUAUAUAUACAGUACCAGUCAAAAGUUUGGACACACCUACUCAUUCAAGGGUUUUUCUUUAUUUGUACUAUUUUCUACGUUGUAGAAUCGAAACUAUGAAAUAACACAUAUGGAAUCAUGUAGUAACCAUGUAGUAGCAAUUUUACCAAGAAUGAGAGUGAUGGUGUGCUGCAUCAGAUGACCUGGCCUCCACAAUCCCCUGACCUCAACCCAAUUGAGAUGGUUUGGGAUGAGUCGGAGGGCAGAGUGAAGGAAAAGCAGGCAACAAGUGCUAAGCAUAUGUGGGAACUCCUUCAAGACUGUUGGAAAAGUAUUCCAGAUGAAGCUGGUUGAGAGAAUGCCAAGAGUGUGCAAAGCUGUCAUGAAGGCAGGGUGGCUAUUUGAACAAUUUCAAACUUUUUUGGUUACAACAUGAUUCCAUAUGUGUUAUUUCAUAGUUUUGAUGUCUUCACUAUUAUUCUACAAUGUAGAAAAUCGUAAAAAUUAAGAAAAACCCUUGAAUGAGUAGGUGUGUCUAAACUUUUGACCUGUACUGUAUAUAUAUAUAUAUAUAUAUAUUUAUAUUUAUUAGUUUGUUAAAUGAAUUGAGAAUCACAACCAAACUGCUGUGUGCAUAAUAUGUUCCAGACCUGGGUUCAAAUACUAUUUCAAAUAUCUCAAUUACUUUCACAUACAUUUCUAAGUAAGUAUUCAGAUAAUUUUUAUUUGAAAAGACAAGUAGUUGAAUAUUGGUAUGUAUUUGACAGUACUCAUACGCUGACUCAAAUACACUCCCAUGCAUUUAACCCAGGUAUUUUGAAAAAAGUAUUUGAAAAUACUUUCAAAUAAAAGGCUAUUUAUAGGAAAUGAACAUACUUCCAAUAGAAGUAGUUGAUUCGGGCCACAUGAUUAGAAAAUACUCAAAUACAUAGAAAAUAAGUAUUUAAAUAACAAAUAAUCGAAUACACAUGUAUUUUAACUCAAGUCUGAUAUGUUCACAUCCAAGAAGAUAGGCUAUCUUUCCAGAAGCUGAAUUGAGCAAACAGUUAAAUUAAAGCAAAAAUAAACAUGUAGAUUGUGUCCAAAGUGCUAUUUUAUUAGGUAGGCUACAAUCUUGAAGGCUGAAUAUAUUGCAGUAUUGUAUUUUGACAUGCUUGAAUGUUUUCUUUCCAAACCUAGAUUUUCCGUGGUCUACAGAGCUGGAGCAGAAUCUGAAGGAUGCGUUCCAGCUCUCUAAGUUUCGUCCUCUCCAGCUGAAGGCCAUCAACCUUAGUAUGUCUAAUAAAGACCUCUUCCUAGUGAUGCCCACUGGACGAGGGAAAAGCCUCUGCUAUCAGCUACCUGCAGUCUGCUCUGAGGGUAAGGGGAGAACGCACAAACACACGCACACAAAAUACAUACAUGCAUACAGACACAUACACACCAGGUGACGUGCAUAUACUGAAAACACUAAAGUUACAGUUCAUUGAAUAAUUGUGUGUGCUGUGCAAACACGUACUGUAGACAGGGCUAUAAAUUAAAACAUUUCAUUGGUAGCACUGGUGCACCCAACUUAAAAAAGUUAGGAGCACCACAUGAAAUUGAGGAGCACCAGAAAAUAUGAUUUUUUAAAUUGAUUGAGAUACAGCCUAUAUUGGGCCUAUAUGGAUUUCUCUUACUUUUGAAGCACAUGUUGUGCCCUAGAAACUAAUAUGUAACACUGUAAAUGCAUUUGUUUAUUAUAAAAGCUAAAAUGUUGAUACGAAUACCUAUCAUUGAAAUUACAAAAUAAUUUGGGGAAUAUUAGGUUUCUACAUGAUGUAAAAGCACUAUUUUCCAAUUGAGAUGCAUUACAUUAAAAAUGAUACACUAUCUUUAAGAACGUCAGGUUUGUGUUGACAUGCAGGAAAUCUGUCAUUCAUUCAUUCAUUGCUCUCCUGAAAAAGUUAUCCCUUUUCCUUUGUUUCUAUGUUUGGAUAUCCUGGUGAAGUUACCAGGGUGUUAGCUAGCUAGCCAAUGAGGUAACAUGACUGAACAAAGUGUAAACAAAUGGUUAACAAAUUCAAAUAGCUUUAGAACGGCCCAUGACAUAGUUUAUGAAUGUAAAAUGCGGUCCCGGUGAUCUGCUAUAGGAAGAUUAAAAUGUUGCCCUGGUAAUAUGGGUCAGAUCUUUUGACCUGGUUGGUCUAGAAGCAAGCCAUCUCCCUGACUGCAGAUGGUUGCAGCCAUUACUCGCUGCAGUGUUCUUCUAACGUGUGUUUGUGUGCUGCCAGGUUUCACUCUGGUCGUAACUCCUCUAGUUUCUCUGAUGGAGGAUCAGCUCAUGUACUUAAAGUCCAUCGACGUUGAAGCCGUCUCUCUCAACGCAUCCAGCAGUAAGGUAAUAACCAACACAAACACUUUCUACAUAUUAUUGAUACUUGGCUGGUAUUGAUUAGGAUUAUAGCUGUAGGAUUUGUGUUUGAUUAGACUUCUGAUAUGUACCUCAGGAACAUGCUAAAAUGGUCCUAGCUGGGAUGACCGACACCAAAGCGCCUUUCAAGCUGCUGUAUGUGACUCCAGAGAAGAUAGCGAAGAGCAAGCUGUUGAUGUCGAGGCUGGAGAAGGCCUACAAUGUAGGCAGGCUUAGCCGUAUUGCUGUGGACGAGGUGCACUGCUGCAGCCAGUGGGGACACGACUUCAGACCUGGUGAGAGACCGUACAUCUGUACUGUAUAUGGGCUACUUACUUUUUAUUAGUCUCCUUACUUUGUUUUGGAAGGUAAAGGGCUACUCCAACAAAUCACUCAAAGUAGAAUUCUAAUAACGCUAUGUUUUAAAUUACAAUACCCAAACAAGGAUAUCACCAUAUAAUUAAACAGAACACUUCAAUGUAUCUCUAUGCAUACCACUUAGAAUGCAUGCCCAGUAGAUCGCUUCAUUCUAAGUAGUAUGCUGUGAGUUUUGUGUGGGGCUGUUAGCCAACUACCCCCUCCUCUCCCGCCAGACUACAAGCUCCUGGGGAUCCUGAAGAGGCAAUUUCCAAAGGUUCCGUUGCUAGGGCUGACAGCCACGGCAACCAGCAGUGUUCUAAAGGACUGUCAGAAGAUCCUGUGUGUCCCUGAGCCAAUCACACUCACCGCCUCCUUCAACCGCACCAACCUCUACUACGAGGUGGGCGUCAUGGCAACCAUACACACCUGGUCUCCACCUGCUUGGCAAACACCUGUUGAUGUUCUUUUGACCUUUAAAUAUACACACGCUUGUGUUACUAAAGGGAAUGCUUGUUAGAUUCCCGCUGUAUCUCUGCACUGAAGUAUUGAGGAUCUGUACUGUUUUUGUGUCUCUCAGGUACGCCUUAAAGACUCGAACAGUGAUGAUUCAAUCAGUGACAUCUCAGCACUGAUCAAGGAGAGAUAUAAGGACCAGUCAGGUACUUUGAAAGGAAAAACUAAGGAUAGGUCAAAAUUCAGUUUGUCCUAUUUUCAAAAUCAUCACCAGCUUGUUAUCCAGACUUGAGGUAUUAUGCUUCUGCUUUUGGCAGGGAUAGUGUACGUGUUUUCCCAGAAGGAUGCAGAGACAGUGUCAGCAGACCUACAGAAGAAAGGCAUCAAUGCAAAUCCAUACCACGCUAACAUGAAUCCAGAGGACAAGUCACGGGUUCACCGCAAAUGGGCCACCAACAAGAUCCAGGUGGUGGUAGCUACUGUGGCAUUUGGGAUGGGGAUUGACAAGCCUGACGUCAGAUUUGUCAUCCAUCACACCAUCAGCAAGUCCAUAGAGAACUACUAUCAGGAGAGUGGCCGAGCAGGUAGACAACUAUUUUCUCCCUACUCAGAGAUUGUAUAAUUUAGGAACAACACCUGAUCCCUUGACCUCAGAAAUGGAGGAAUACUAUUUCUACAUUUAAAAGUAUUUUUUCCCCUCUGAUUUUCCAAUUGCACUUUAUCUUCGACCGUAGCCAUGGGAGUAGCCAUUUUGUUUUUAAACACUUUUCCUCUUAAAACUCUUAACUUCUUUUUCUCCUACCUUAUCUUUUCCAUGGUCCUCUCUCCGUUCCUCCAGGCAGAGACGAUAAGCCGGCUGACUGCAUUGUGUACUUUGGCUUCAACGACAUCUUCAGGAUCAGCACCAUGGUUGUCAUGGAGAACGUAGGACAACAGAAGCUGCUGACCAUGGUCGACUACUGUCAGAACGUAGACAGGUACUGAGCUGGACCAAUCACAACGCUCUCGUUGACAUCACUAGAUUACUUAUGUGACAAUUUCAGUUGUGUAGAUAGCUGUGUGAGGAUCUCAAGGGUACAGUAGGUGUGUAUCUCUAUUGUUUUAAGGUGUCGGCGCUCAGUGAUCGCUGUUCACUUUGAUGAGGUUUGGGAUGAUGAAGGAUGCAACGAGAUGUGUGAUGUCUGUCGCCAUGGCAAUGGUAUGUGUACAAUAUGGUGAACAUACCACUUUUCAAAUCCAACGUACAUGGCGUGCUAGGGGCAUAGGGGUAGAUUUGGAAUUGGGCAUAUGAGUUACUCUCCCAUCUAAUAGAAAGAUCUGGCAUCAUUUAUGUUGAGUCUUCAUACCUAGUCUACCUGUGUUUCCAUCCAGACUACAUCACGGUGGACAUCACGCAGCAUGCUAAAGAUGUGGUCCAGAUUGUGGAGCUGGCGGGCUCUCUGGACGAGAAGCUGACCCCCUUGAAGGUGACCGAGGCCUGGAUGGGGAAGGGUCCGGCCAAACGCAGGAAGAUGAUCCAGACCACCACCCUGUCUCGCCUGGAGGUGGAGGCCAUCAUCACAAACCUACUGCUGCAGGGAUACCUUAGGUACUGACUGACUUAACGUUAAACCCUUUACUAGUUCAAUACGCUUACUGCUGCAGGGCUACCUCAGGUAGGCCUAUGACCUAGGGCAUGUUCAGUUGGGCACACCAUAGGAAAAACUUUUGCAACAAAAAAUGUCUCCAUUUCAGGCAGUACCUCCCUAAAGAACACAUCCUUGUCUUACAUCAGGUACUGACUAAGGACAAAUAGGGUUGUCAAAAGAGUCUGGAGAGAAUUGUGAGGAGGUCACAAUGGACUUGUACUACUGCACAGCUGGUUGCUUUUAGAAUGUUGAUCUUUGUUUACCCCCUUUUUUUCUCUUCUCCGCAGUGAAGACUUCAGUUUCACUCCGUACACCACCUACUUCUACCUGAAGCUGGGUCGUAAGGCCCCACUGCUGAAGAACCAGAGUCACUCCAUCACCAUGAAGAUGAGGAGGACAGGCCUGGACGCCAACACGGUCAGUACUACACAGCAAUCGGUACAGGAAUCAUUAAAACAGGAAAGCCUUUGGGUGCAUCUCAAUAGACUAAAGUGGCCUCCUUCAUCUGCACAGAAUCGAUAUGAUAAAUUAUAUUACUACUCGGUAAUAGCUUUUUUUUUGGAAAUUUUUCUAGUCCAUGCAGACUAAGGAUAGGAAGCUACUUUUGUCUGAAAUACCUCAUCCAGGGAUGUCUUUUCUGCUUAUCACAUUUUAUUUGUCUAUUUCUCCUUCUGCACUUCUGACUGAAAUAUUUCAGUGUAAUGUAAUUAUUUCCCUGUUUUAAAGUAGUACUUUACUCAACCUGUUUCUCACAGUCUCAAUCCUCAUCUCCUUGUAUCUCUUUGCCCCGUCUUCUCUCUGCCUUUUCAAUCUGUUUAUUUUGUCUUCUCUGUAUCUACCUCUAUUGCUUACUUGUCUACUUACCUGCAGGUAAGUGAACUAUGUUGUCAGUUUCUUUUCCUUUCAGGCCAUCGGAUGAAGGAUCUAGAUUCUUUUUCAGCAUUUUGAUUGAUUGUAUUAUUUAUUCAAUCACCAACAAAAUCAGAGCGUUUUCCCUUUUCCCUUUUGUCUAUGUUAAUUGUUAUUUUAAAGAUUUUGAGUAGAAUCAUUCUUACCACCAUCACGCUUGAUUGUUGUUAGAACGCUUACUGUAAACAAACCAGAUUUCCCUAAUCACUGUAGUUCUAGUGCUGUAGUGUUUUCUAAACAAUGUAGUGUUGCGUAAUACCAGACAUGCGCCGACAACAGGGCCCCAAGUGCAGUACAACAGCUGUAGUUUUGGGUGUUGCUGAGAUCUAGGCCUACUUAUCUAAUCCAUGUUGAUAUUUGCUAAAGGUGACCAAGGUGCCGGUAGUGGUUGAUCAUAAUCAUCCUAACACAUUGAUAUGGGAAUGAUUCAUGUUUCUGGUUCUCCCAUGUCAAUCCUUAAACCCUUCUCUGCUUACGUUAUUACCCACACAUAGCUUAGGUGAGUGUGUGUGUGAGAGAGUGAGAGAGAGAGAGACAGACAGGUUAAAGCUGUUGUUGAUGACCUACAGGUAAAUGUGUCCCAGGUAAAGACCAAAGAAGGAAAGAGAUCUGGUGACAAUGCUGCAAACUCCCCUGUCACCAAGAAAGUCAAGAAAGACCUCUAGUGCCCCCCUGAAGAGACCAAAGAAAAAGUACAGUUCCCUGAUUCUCUAUUCAACCCACUGCAUCUAUGGCACUGUCUGGGCAACCAUGUGUAUGUCAAUCAGGUUAAAGACAAAUAUGUAACGUUGGGUCCUGAACGAUUUCCUUACAGAAUGCAUCAUUAUUCAUAAAAUAAUGAAAUAUGCAUGAUGUCAUAUUUCUGUAAACACUUAUAACCAUUGUUACAGCUUUCAUAGUUUGUGUCCUAACUCAGUCCUGUGUGUAUGUCCUAUCAAUGUCUACACACAUUGCUGUAGAUUCAUUAUGGAGCAUGCUUUCACUAACUCGCGCUAUGCCACACUAACAUUGGGGUUCACUAACAUGGUUCUGUAUAACAGCAUGCCCAAUCCCAAAUUAACCAUCUUCUUCGAUUUAGGAUUGGUUCUUCAGUAAAGUCAGAGGUCACUGACACUUCCUGUUGUCUCCCACAGGAGGACCAAUUAGCUGCUGGAGCUAAAGAGGUGGUGGUGACCUCCCAGUCCCCUCCUCCCGUUGCCCCCAACGACAGCAGCACUCCCCCUCCCAGACACAACAAACUGAUCAAGAUGGAUAAAGAGCAGCAGAAUCUGGCCAGGAAACAAGACAAGGACCAUGACCAGACAGAAAGCCAGACAGGGGAGGACCAGAAUGACCCUGCUGCUGCCCAGCCCACUGCCAUUGAAGUAGACGUAGAGAUCAAUAUUAUAGAGAAAGUUAAUGAUAGUGAAUCCCCACUACCGCCAUUAAAACUCCAUUCAAAACCUAAAUCAACAACCCCUCAAAAGAAGCGGAGGAAACCCUGUCCUGCUGCUCUUGCUGUGGUCCAAGCACCCUCAGGUGCAGUUACAGACUCUGGCCACCAGAGGCCAGCAUUGGUCAACUCUCCCUCCCAGGUCUCCAUCAUCUCCGAGGCUGCAGUGGAGGAGCUCUGUGACCUUAGGAACUAUUACAGCAAACAGCUGAGGCGGAUAAACUACAUUUCCCAUGAGUACUUGCAGAAUCAGGGGUGCUCAGACCCAGGGGUGCUGGCCUGUAUCAGAGAGCCACUAAAGAGCCUGCGCCUCCCCCGUGGCUCAACAAUUGCCCGGACGGCACGCAACCUGUGGACCAGAGUCAGCUCCAGAAGGAAACUCAUCCAAAGA